AUGGCUCGUUUCGAUGAGGCUGAGCUGAACGUUGACCCCCAGCAGGCUCGUUCUGGCUCCGGCAUCGCCAUUCCCUCUGGUCAGGAUGGCAACACCAUUGAGGUUCCCGCCACCCGCAGCGCCAUCAGUGAUGCCGCUUCCUUCAUGCACAACCUGAGCUUGGCUCCUUCCAUGAAGGACCGCCGCAACUCUCGCAACUCCUUCGGAACUUCUCUCCCCAUCCCCCGCUCUCCUCGUCUGUCCCGUCUCUCAUCUGUCCAGCGUGGUAGCGGAGUUCCCUCCGUCUCCCGUGACAUCCUGGCCUCCCAGGUCCAGGAUAUCAACAAGGAGAAGACCGCCAAGGCCAAGAACAUGGCCUUCGCUUUCGACAUUGACGGUGUGCUGGCACACGGUAACCACGCCAUUGAGGAGGCCAAGAUUGCCCUCAAGAUCCUCAACGGUGACAACGAGUUGGGCAUCCGCAUCCCCCACAUUCUCCUGACCAACGGUGGUGGUAAGACUGAGGAGGCCCGCUGUGCUCAGCUCUCCGAGAUCCUUGAGCAGCCUAUCUCCACCGACCAGUUCAUCCAGUCCCACACUCCCAUGCAGGCCCUGUCCGAGUACUACGAGACUGUCCUUGUUCUCGGUGGUGACGGCUUCAAGAUCCGUGAGGUUGCCGAGAACUACGGCUUCAAGGAUGUUGUCCACCCCAAGGAUCUCCUCGCCUGGGACCCUACCAUCUCUCCCUGGGCUACCCUCACCGAGGAGGAGAAGGCCGAGGCCCGCCCCCGUGACUUCACCAAGACCAAGUUCGACGCCAUCAUGGUUUUCGCCGACUCCCGUGACUACCAGACCGAUAUGCAGGUCAUCAUGGAUCUGCUCCUUGCCGAGGACGGCAAGAUCUACACCAAGGCCGAGGACCCCGUUGCUACCCGUAUCCCCAUCUACUUCUCCCAGGGUGAUCUUCUCAUGCCCACUGAGCACAAGGGUCUCCCCCGUCUCACCCAGGGUGCCUUCCGUAUCUCCAUUGAGGCUCAGUACAAGACUCUCACCGGUGUUGAUCUCGAGCGUGUUGUCUACGGUAAGCCCGAGCGUGCUACCUACACCUACGCCGAUGAGGUCAUGAAGUCCUGGAUGGAGGAGCUCCACGGCGUGGCCCGUCUUCCCGACAACAUCUACAUGGUCGGUGACAACCCCGCCUCCGACAUCAUCGGUGGUAACAUGUACGGCUGGAACACCUGUCUUGUCCGCACUGGUGUCUUCCAGGGUGGUGAGAACGACCUCAACUCCCCCGCCAACUUCGGUGUCUUCCCCCACGUCCUCGAGGCCGUCAAGGCCGCUCUCGCCAAGGAGCUCGGCGAGGACUUCAAGCUCAAGUGGAACCCCAAGGUCAACCCCGUCCUCCACGGCGACGGUGCCUCCGCCAUUGAGUAA